AUGUUUGUGUGGGAAGAUGAUUUGUAUUACUCCUGCACCACCUGUGAUGUUGAGUUCCACAAAGAUUGUUACUCGGAGCCAAAGAAGCUAAUACACCCUUAUCAUCUCCAACACCCUCUCGAUCUCAUCGAUGGUAAGAACGAAGCUGAAUCUAGUAAAUGCACUUGGUGUGGAUCGAACCCAACUCGGUAUUACUACCGUUGUUCCAUUUGUAGUUUUUGUUUAGAUAUUUAUUGCUCCUAUAAAUUCCCUUCACUCACUAUCACAAACCCUAAAAGCCAUCACCAUCUUCUCUCUCUUUUUCCACGGCCUUUAUUAGUUCCAUGUGAUGCUUGUGGGUCAAUCAAUCGAUCUGAUCCAAGCUACGCUUGUUUUCAAUGCAACUACAUGGUCCAUGUGUCUUGUAUCAACUUACCACGUGUCAUUAAACUCACGCGCCAUCAUCAUCGUCUUUCUCACACUCCUUACCUCUCCCCUUCAAGUUACUCAUGCCGUGUUUGCCACAAGAACGUUGACGACAAGUACGGUCAAUAUUCUUGCAAUCAAGAAACAUGUUCUUAUGUAGCUCAUUCGAAAUGUGCGUCUCAUAAAGAAGUGUGGGACGGGAGAGAACUCGAGUGGGAGCCUGAAGAGCCAGACAAUAGCGAAAACGUCGCGCCGUUCAAGAAGAUAGGUGAUAGUUUGAUAGAGCAUUUUUGUCACGAACAUCACCUAAGACUCGAGAAGUACAAAGAUCUUGGAGAUGAUGAUCAAGAGGACAAGCAGUGUCAUGCCUGUGUUCUUCCUAUAGACUCGCGUGACUUCUACAAUUGUACACAAUGUGGUUUCUCUCUCCACGAGGUAUGUGCUAAUCUUCCUCGAGAGCUGGAUCAUGCUUUGCAUAAACACAAGCUUUUCCUAGACACGUCUCCUCAAGAAGUCUAUGACGACAUGAGUUGUUCCGUUUGUCAACAAAGGUUCAGUGGUUUCAGGUACAAGUGCAAAGACAAGAAUUGCUUGCUUAGUGAUAUAUUUCGAAUACACGUUGGAUGCAUUUCACUCCCUGAUUACUUCACACAUAAAAGCCAUGGACAUCCUUUAUGUUUCCCAAUCUUAGAACUCCGUCACAAAGAGAAGAUCAUAUGCAAGGUUUGCAAGAAACACUGUUCGCUAUCUCAUCUACAGUGUAGUACUACAUGCGAGUUCGAUUUGUGUUAUCGUUGCGCUACGUUUCCUAGCGAGGUACGUUACAAACACGAUAAGCAUCCUCUCUCUCUUUGUUACGGAGAAGAAACCUCUGAUGGGAACAAGUAUUGGUGUGACAUAUGUGAGAAAGAACUAGAUUCAACGGAAUGGUUCUACACAUGCGACAAAUGUUGUGUCACUAUCCAUCUCGACUGCAUAUUCGGUUCUUCCAUUUACAUGAAACCCGGUUUCACAUUCCGUUACAUUAGUUUCAAAGUGAAAGUUCUUCGCAACAACAGUAACACUCGGCUUAUAUGUGAUGGAUGUGAGCAUCGUUGCUCGGCUCAUGUGUACUACGAAGUCCACUGGUACAGGUAUGAGUUUGUUUCUUGUUCUUUAGAGUGUCUAGAACAGAGGAUUAAUGGUUGUCUAGGAAAGAUUCGUAAACGAAAGUUGUCUUUGUAA